AUGCCUCUUCAUUAUCUGAGGAAUCCUAUGUACGCACUUUGUCUCUUAGCGGCAUUUUGCGUACGACAGCAUAUGCAGAAUAAUAGAAUCGAGCAACCGUUGACAAAACGUAUGUCGAUUCAAACUCCGAUAUUGAUAAACAUAGAGGAAUCUGAUUUAUUGAUUAAUUGCUUACAAAUCAUCGCUAAACGGACUCGACAAAUCCUAGAAAGCAUCCAAGCAAGCAUACCAGUUUCAAAGACAGUGGAUUUCGAGGAUUCCCUACUAUCUUCAUCCAACAUUUUUGAUUCAUUUCUAUUCGCAACAAACAACAUUGGUAUCAAAUUGUUGGCCUAAGAAUGACGCAUUGAUGAUCUGAAUAUUGAAGCGUACGAAAGAAACUGUUGUUUGACAAAGAUCGACACGGAUUAAAGGGGGGGAUCCGCAUGUGAUCUUUGUCAAUCGAUGGGAAAACUUUGCAAUUGAUCGAAAGCAAAAAGUUGUUCGUUAACGAAUAAUUUUGAUUACAUCGAAGAGAAAAUAAUAAAUUGUAUACAUUUCCUGUGUGAAACAGUUCGGUAUUGCGCGCUCAAAUAGGCGCCUACGAGCGCGCAAAUACCGAACAUGCAAAAACUAAUACACGCGUGUAUUUAACAUGUAUUAUAUAUUCAUAAAAAUGGAAACGUUGCAACGAGAAAAAUGAAUAAAUAAAUUUUUUGUGCUUAUACAAAUGUAUCCCAUGUUAUUAUUAUUUCUGCCAAUCCCUACUCCUGACAAUAAGACUACUUCCUGUAUAAUAAUUUAUAUACUCGCUCUUGAAAAUAUUUAACAAAAAACGUGUACUUCAUUUUCUAAAAAAAUCAGAACCAAAACCAAACCAUUAACGAUUAACAUCGAUGGACCUCAUUCCAUUUCACGACUUCCGCGUAUUCCUCCUCGGAUAUUACAAGGUCAAUCGAUAAAUUUAUGAAUCACGCGUCCAAGAUCGAAUAUUAAGGUUCCAUAUCAUCGAUCACCGCCUGAUCGACUUCCGUUUCCCAUAAGAUACCACUCCCAAAAGAAUAUCCCACCCUGGAAUAUUAAUCACCAACCCUCCCCACUCCUUCCAAUCCCACUUUCGCUACGUUUCCACAACCUGGUGUCCCACGUUCCUUCCCAAACCUGUUCACCGUGCACAGAUAUUUAUCGCUCCGAUCUC